AGCACUAAUUACUUUCCAAAUGGGCGUUUACCAUUGAAACGAAUUUGUUUGUGCUCUUGUUCUGGUUGUAGAAAGACAGAGAAGGAAAGGGAAAGGGAAGAGAAAUGAGACAAAGAAACUAAACAACUUUCCCGGUACUUUAAAGUUUAGUUUUUGUCGAAGUUUGAGUCCUCGCAGGUCGUAAUGGGUUGUUGUAACAGCACAGAGAGCAAACGGGACUGGAAACCCCUGGAGGAGCGUAGCUGCACGGAUAUCCCAUGGCUCAUCAUAUUUACACUGUUCUGCAUUGGGAUGGCAUGUAUUUGUGGCUAUCCCAUCGCCACAGGAGGUGCCUCCAGGCUCAUCUCAGGAUAUGAUAGUUAUGGCAACACCUGUGGUAAAAAUAACACCAGAAUCGACGGAGUACCCCUCAGUGGCCGGGACAUGAGAGAAAACAAGUAUGUUUUCUUUCUAGACCCAUGCAACCUCGACAUCAUUAACAGAAAGAUCAAGUCCAUUGCCCUGUGUGUCUCCAAGUGUCCAGCUGCUGAACUGAAGUCAUACAGUGACUUAAAGCAGUUUGCUCUGAAUAAUGGCUCUCAUCUCUGUUCCUAUGAUAUUUCUCCUACAAGAUACACAAGCAGUUCAGACAGAUACACUAAAUGUCCAAAACUCCCUGUUCUGCCAAGUAAGGCCGUGCCGCUGUUCCGUCGCUGUAUUCCUGUAGAUAUCGGCUGCUAUACUGAAUUUGCCCAGGCAUUUAUUACAUUUGUCAGUGACAACACUGUGUUGCGACGAGUGAUCGGUGGGGUGAUGGCCAGCAAGGAGAUCAUCAUGGGCCUCUGCCUGCUGGCUUUAGUUCUCUCCUUGAUCAUGAUGGUUGUCAUUCGUUACAUCUCCAGAGUCCUGGUGUGGAUUCUAACAAUUCUGGUAAUCAUCGGCUCUAUAGGUGGAACAGGCGUCCUGUGGUGGCUGUACGUAGACAGCAGGAAUGCCCUGAAUAAUAACACCACAUCAGUGUUUGGAAAAGAAGUGGCCUCGGACAAUGUUAAGGCUUUGCUCGUGUAUGCAAUUGGUGCUACAAUUUUCACGGUAAUACUGCUGCUGGUGAUGUUCUUCAUGAGGAAGCGUGUGGCUCUCACCAUCUCCCUGUUCCAUGUGGCGGGUAAAGUGUUCAUCCAUCUUCCCCUGCUGGCCCUGCAGCCUUUCUGGACCUUCCUCUGCCUCAUGCUCUUCUGGGUCUACUGGAUCGCAGUGCUUCUCUUCCUCGGGACUGCAGGGGCGCCAGUAAAGAACAAUUCUACAGGUGUGGUUGAAUAUCAAAUGCAGGGGCCUCUCCAGUACUUGGUGUGGUAUCACGCUGUGGGCCUCAUCUGGAUCAGUGAGUUCAUUCUUGCCUUCCAGCAGAUGACCAUUGCUGGAGCUGUGGUCACCUACUAUUUCACAAGGAAUAAAUCCCAGAUGCCAAUAACACCCAUCCUUUCCUCCAUGGCACGAACCAUCCGUUACCACCUGGGUACUUUGGCCAAAGGCUCCUUCAUCAUCACACUUGUUAAGAUCCCUCGUCUCAUCCUGACAUACAUUCACAGCCAGCUCAAAGGAAAGGAAAAUGCAUGUGCUCGAUGCAUGCUAAAAGCCUGCGUCUGCUGUCUGUGGUGUCUUGAGAAGUGUUUAGCAUACUUGAAUCAAAACGCUUAUACUGCCACAGCCAUCAACAGCACCAAUUUCUGCACCUCGGCUCGUGAUGCUUUUGUUAUUCUGGUGGAAAAUGCGCUCCGGGUGGCUGCCAUUAACACCGUGGGCGACUUUGUCCUCUUCUUGGGAAAGGUUCUUAUAGUUUCCUGCACAGCAUUUGCUGGUAUUUUGGCUCUGAACUACCAGAGAGACUACACUGUGUGGGUGCUGCCUCUCCUCAUCGUCUGUCUGUUUGCCUUCCUGGUUGCCCACUGCUUCCUCUCUGUGUUUGAGAAUGUGGUCGAUGUUCUCUUCCUCUGCUUCGCUAUCGACACUAAGUAUAAUGACGGCAGCCCUGGGCGCGAGUACUACAUGGACAAGGCCUUAAUGGAAUUUGUUGAGAACAGUAAAAAAAUGGGUUGGCACAAACCAAAGGAUGGCGAUGGACGAGAGAUGAAGCCCAUGACACGUGGAGGGACUUUAGCUUGACCAAGUUUCACAAAGACUGCCAAAACUCCUAAAAAUCUUUCAGAUCCUAACUCAGAGUUUACCAGCAUUACACUCCAGGGACAUCAACAAAAUAACAGUGCACUUUGUAUAGAAGCUUUACCAAGCAAGCAAAGCAAAAAGGUGCUUUGUAUCUUACUGUUUAUUUUUGAAAAAGAGGGUUACAUUUUGACACUAAUAGAUUUAAUAUGGCAAAAGCUUAUUUGGGUUUGUCCAGGUAAACUGGAUUUGCGAGUUUUCUUUUCUUUACACAUCCAAGUUUUCCUUUCAAUUGUAUUUUAAAUAAUGUGAGCGAUUUAACAUGGUUUAACAUGUUUGGUUUCAUAAGUAAGAUUAUCUGCCUUUUGAAGGGUUCAGUGAGCAUUUUGAAACAUACAGCUAACUACAUGUUGUCGAAAAACUGGCAAAGUUGUUUAUGACUUAUUCAAUUUUAUACUUAAAUAAAACCCUUUUCAGUUUUA